CUCGCCAGACUCCUCUUUUUUCCCUCCUCAAGCACACACCCUUCGACUUCGUAACCUCAAAACCAACCUUUGGAGUUCCGUGGUUUCCUGCUGGUGAGUUCCCCCUUUGCCCAUGGUGCAUGCGAUCAAAGAUACUGCCCCUUUUCAUCCCCCUCCAUCCUAUUUCUCCAGUCACCAUACCCGGGACGCUUCUCUCCUUAACGGGAGGACGUUCAGGCCCUACGUCCGUUCCCGAACACUGGCGGGUGACGACUGAUUCCUUCCCCCUUCUCCUCCCAACAGCCAUCCCAGCCAUCCCAGCCAUCUCGCUUUGUCAUUUAGUCCAAUUUUACCAUCCAGCGACUAAUUAUGCACUUCUCGACAAGAUAGACUUGAAAAAAAAAGGACGAAAUCCAUAUAUCCCUUUCCCUUCCUCCCCCUGCCGGAUCGGGUCGCCUUAGGCCACUUCAUUUACCUGGCGCUGACCGCCAACGACCACCCACGGCCGUCUCCGACAUCCUUCAACACUUGAAAGAUACAUUGUCUGCGAAGUCAGUCGUUUUGGACUGCAGACUGGGGUCUACCAACAUCGAGGUGCUGCCCCAGCUUCUCAGAAAAGGGAUCGGCUCUUGAACGUUCUUUACCCCC